AGCCCAUUUCGUUCCCAGCAGGCCUUGCGCUCGGGAAGAUGGUGGCGUCCAGGUGGAGGCUUUGAGAAGAUCCGCUGGGUAUGGCGUUGGCGUCUGGGCCCGCAAGGCGGGCGCUGGCUCGCCUCGGCCGGCUCGGCCUUGGGGGCUGCGGGGCCCCGAGACGCGGGGCGUACGAGUGGGGUGUGCGCUCCACGCGGAAACCCGAGCCUCCUCCCCUGGACAGAGUGUACGAGAUCCCAGGACUGGAGCCCAUCACCUACGCGGGGAAAAUGCACUUCAUGCCCGGGCUGGCGCGGCCAGUCUUCCCUCCCUGGGACCCCGGCUGGACGCACCCAAAGUUCCGCCGUUUGCCCCCGCUUCACGAGCACCCGCUGUACAAGGACCAGGCGUGCUACGUCUUUCACCAGCGUUGCCGUCUCCUCGAGGGUGUAAAGCAGGCCCUCUGGCUUACCAAGACCCAGUUAAUAGAAGGCCUUCCUGAGAAAGUGCUUCGCCUUGCUGACGAUCCACGGAACCACAUAGAGAACCAGGAUGAACGCGUUCUGAAUGCCAUCUCUCAUGCUCGCCUCUGGCACUCUACUGAAGACAUCCCCAAGAGAGAGACCUACUGCCCAGUCAUUGUGGACAGUCUGAUUCAGCUGUGUAAAUCCCAGAUUCUCAAGCAUCCUUCUCUGGCCAGGCGGAUCUGUGCCCAAAACAACACAUUAUCUGCCACCUGGAAUCGAGAGUCUAUUCUCCUUCAGGUCCAUGGUUCCAGUGGAGCCCGACUGAAUGCCAAGGAUCCUCUGCCCCCUGUUGCCUCCCAAGAGGAGGUGGAAGCUACUAAGAAUCACGUUCUCGAGACCUUCUAUCCCAUAUCUCCCACUAUGGGUCUUCAGGAAUGCAAUGUUUAUGAUGUGAAUGAUGAUACAGGGUUCCAGGAGGGUUAUCCUUACCCCUGUCCCCACACCCUGUAUUUCCUGGAGUCAGCCAAUUUACGACCACGCCGCUUUCAACCAGAUCAGCUGCGGGCCAAGAUGAUCCUGUUUGCUUUUGGAAGUGCCCUGGCUCAGGCCCGGCUCCUCUAUGGGAACGACUCUAAGGUUUUGGAGCAGCCGGUCGUUGUGCAGAGUGUGGGUACUGAUGGACGUCUCUUCCAGUUUCUGGUGCUACAACUGAACACCACAGAUCUGGCCUCUGAUGAGGGCGUCAAGAAUCUAGCCUGGGUGGACUCAGACCAGCUCCUCUAUCAGCAUUUUUGGUGUCUCCCCGUGAUCAAGAAGAAGGUGGUUGUGGAACCUGUUGGGCCGAUUGGUUUCCAGCCAGAGACAUUCAGGAAGUUUCUAGCUCUGUAUCUGCAUGGUGCCGUGUGAGCCAAGGACCACUCCGAGGGCUGGAGCCCCUGAGCCGCAGUGCUCCUUUGGCUGCUGGUGGACUUGCAGACAAUAAAGAGCCUUUCUGGUGCGCUGGA